AAAUUGGAACGCACCUUGUAAAAUUGUCGAUUUUCCUGUUCGCUGUUCUCCAUUCGCUGAUAGUGUGUUAAUUUGUUAUAUUCCGCGAUCUAUUUUAAUUCUUAUUGUUUCAUAUUAUAAGUUAUUAUUAUUUUUUGUAUAAGCAUUUAGUGUUUUAUCCAUUUUCAAUGAAUUUGGAUAAUACUACAUAAAACGACUAGGUGGUACUUUGCGUUUAGACGGGAGCCAUCUUGCAAUCUCUAAUCAAAGGUCCUUGGUUCACAGUUUCGUUGUCUAGUUGAAAGUCGAUAUAUUCCAAGAUAAAAUAAUCAAAUGGCGUUAAAACGAAUUAAUAGGGAAUUACAAGACCUCGGCAGAGACCCACCAGCACAAUGUUCUGCAGGACCACACGGCGAAGAUCUUUUUCACUGGCAGGCCACAAUAAUGGGUCCAGUCGACAGUCCUUAUCAGGGAGGCGUAUUCUUCCUCACCAUACACUUUCCGACAGACUAUCCUUUCAAACCACCAAAAGUAGCGUUCACGACACGCAUCUAUCACCCAAACAUUAACAGUAAUGGUUCCAUUUGCCUUGAUAUUCUCCGCUCACAGUGGUCACCGGCACUCACCAUAUCCAAAGUGUUGCUCUCAAUCUGCUCACUGCUAUGCGAUCCAAACCCAGAUGACCCAUUGGUGCCAGAAAUUGCUAGGAUCUACAAAACUGACAGAGAAAAGUACAAUGAACUAGCUCGCGAGUGGACAAGGAAGUAUGCCAUGUGAUGAGUCAGUUGUGACGCAGCAACAUACACACACACAUCGCCACAGCCCAGGCUCACCCUCCCUAUUUCCCAAUCCUUUGAAGUCCCUAUCAGUGUCCUACAUUACAGGAAAUUGUAUAAAUGUUCAUGGUCAUUUUAGGAUCAGCUAUCUGUCGUUUCUGGUAUUAUAAACUGCAAUUUACUGCAACUAAGUAAAUGAUUCUCAUAAAUGCAAAUUGUUUCUGUUUUGUCUGAUAAGAAACAUUUUCUAUAAGAGCAAAAUUACUUUCUGUUUAACUUGAUGUGUCAGUAGAUGUCUACACUUUAGUUGAGGAUUAGUUAAAUUUACAUGAUUUGAAUUUAUGUAAUUCCUAAAGAAUUUGUACUUUAACUAGAUCUAAAUUAAUUGUGAAGCUGUACAAUAGCCAUAUAUUUACGUAACGGAGCGUUCAAUGCUUUUAUUACUGAUCCACAUUCACUUAGGAUUUUUGUUUUCAAUGAAAUGUAAGUAAAGCUCAGACUUUGGGUAAAUGUAAGUAAGUGGUAUUGCAAAAUGAGCUCAUUGAAGGACUCGAGUGAGUGUUAUUUUUUUUACUAGCCAACAUUUUUUUAAGUUUAGUAAAUGUAGCGUGCUACAGAACAGACUGACAAAUGAUUGAAGCGGUCAGUUUUCUUUCAUCCACAAUAUUUUACUAUGACGAAAACGCUCCUAUAGUUCAGUAUAAAUUACAGUGUAUCUCAUAAGAUGAUAAGUUACGAAUAAUCUAGUUUUUUUCAAUACGGCGAUCUAUUAUAUUAUAAUUUUAUCUAAUAUAUAUUGUGGUUGUAAGGAUACCUGCGUUGUGAUUUCCACGGAUGUCCUAUCCAAUUGUCCAUCCUGGUUUCCUCCACUCGACAAAGUGCAAGCGAAAGAGGCGGAAGUGGCAAAAUAUGGUGUGUUUUACGGAGAUAAUACGGAAGCUUGUUCACUUGGUUUAACACUGGGAGAUGAAUUAGCUUUUCAAAUUGUAAUCAUCAAACAACUUGUAUUUUAGCUUCACUAAAUUGUAAGGAACAAUAAAUUAUUGUGUAUGUAAAUAA